CACUCUCUCUCUCAAGUUCAAGACAAGAAAUGUGGAAAAGCCUUUAAUGGCCUUCAGCAUAUAAACCUGCAGUCACUCCAAUUAUAUGUAGAGUUCCGCAGAGAGUGAACACUGCAAACUCUGAAAGGUCCCUCAUUUCAGUUUCAGGGUGAUAACAUUUAGCGGAUUCAGUUGAGUUCAGCUCCGGAAUUUUCAGUUCUCUUGAGGAAAGUUAUAGUCAAUCAAAUGGAACCCGACAGGUUGAACUCGCCCAGCACAUUUACAAUGGAUUUGGAAGUUUUGGGGCAUGACUUGCAGUUCAUUCAGGAUCCUAAUUCAAAGCAUCUAGGAACUACAGUUUGGGAUGCAUCACUGGUAUUCGCCAAGUUUCUGGAAAAGAAUUCCAGAAGGGGUAAGUUCUCCCCGUCAAAACUUAAAGGGAAACGUGUCAUUGAACUUGGAGCAGGUUGUGGAGUAGCAGGGUUUGGCAUGGCAUUACUGGGAUGUGAUGUGGUUAUGACAGAUCAAGUUGAGGUUUUGCCAUUGCUAAUGAGAAAUGUUGAACGGAAUACUUCAAGGAUUACACAGAUGAAUCCUGGUUCUGAGUCAUUUGGUUCGGUCCAGGUAGCAGAGUUAAAUUGGGGAAAUGAGGAUCAUAUAAGAGCCGUUGAUCCGCCAUUUGACUACAUCAUUGGCACUGACGUUGUUUACAAAGAAGAUCUCUUGGAGCCACUGUUGCAGACAAUAUUUGCAUUGUCAGGGCCUAAAACUGCAAUUUUGCUGGGCUAUGAGAUUCGUUCUACAAGUGUCCAUGAGCAAAUGGUUGAAAUGUGGAAAAGACACUUCGAGGUGAAACUUGUUCCAAAUUCUAAGAUGGAUAGUACCUACCAACACCCAAGUAUUCAACUUUUCAUUAUGAGAUCAAAGCCGCCGUCAGGGUAUGCGGAAAAAACAGUUGAGCAGAUAGAUCAAGAAGUUGAUGAAGUGGAGACAGCAGACAAUAAAGCCAAGGUAAUUGAUGAGAAAGUUGAUGGAAAUCCAGUUAAGGUGAUUUAUCAAAAUGCUGUCCAAGUGGGAUGCAGUAAAGAAAAAGGAGAAAAUAGCUCUCUUUUAGGAAGUGUCGAAGAAGAUUGUGAGCCAGUUACAAUACCUCAGAAUGGUAAACUUACUGAUUGGGAAGCUAGACGAUAUGGCUCGAUGGCUGCACGUCUUCUGCACGAUGUCAAAAUCACAUAAUUCCUUAGUUUUUCUCUUUGUGAUUUAAUUAAUUUCCACUGUCAUGUUGCUUACUUGCUUACCUGGUUGGGUCUGAAAUGCUUAUCUAGUUUUUACUUUAAUGAUCAGUGUGUUAAUUAGUUGGGAUACAGUGGCAGCGUUUUCAGCUUUGUAAUAGAUAUUGGUGGAAGAAUGGCUCCACAUGCCUAUAAAAGUAAAAGAGCAUCUUACAAGUA